AUGUGUAUCGCCAUCGUCACAACCGAACAUCCAGACUACCCGUUCAUUCUGUUGAACAACCGAGACGAAUAUCUUCACCGCCCAACCGCCGAAGCAACAUGGUGGCCGGAGCCCGACUCUCAAGUGCUAGGCGGCUAUGACUUACACCGCCCAGUCCACGGCACAUGGCUAGGCGUGACUCGACAAGGCCGCGUCGCCGUCCUCACCAACUACCGCGAAGAAGAUGAAAGUAUCGUGCAAGGCGCACGAAGUCGUGGUUUGAUUCCGAAUGCAUGGCUGAAGACUGAUCCGAAAGAGGGGGAAAGCGCCGAGGACUUUGCGAAGCGCAUGAUCGAGGAAGAUGGCGUGAAAGGUGUGGGCGGCUUCUCCUUAUGCUACGGCUUCAUGCAAGAUGUUGUGAGAGGGAAAGGAGGGCUGGCUAUCAUCAGUAAUCGCACGCCAGAUGUGAAGGACGUGAUCCAUCUUCCCGACAGCACAUCCCCAUCAACCCACGCCCUCAGCAACGCCGCCUACGCAGAUCGCACAUGGCCGAAAGUCAUCAACGGCGAGACCUGGACGUCCGCCGCCAUCGAAGACUCCGUCGCUGCUAAAGAAACCCGCUCGCAACUCGUCCAGCGCCUCCUCAAGGUCCUCACUACCGAUACCAUGCCGCGCCAGAAGGAGAACGAGGACUGGGAUAUGUAUCUCAACCAGCUGCGACACAGUAUAUUUAUCCCAUCGAUUGGCCGCGAUCAUCUGGAGGAGCAUAAGAUGCCGAAACAUGAGGUGGGAGAUGUGGUCAAGCAGAAAGCAGUCGAUGCGACAAGUGGGUGUUAUGGGACGCAGAAGAAUAUUGUGAUUUUGGUUGAUAAGCAGGGCAAGGUGUAUUACUUGGAGCGGACGCUGUUCGAUGGCGAUGCGAAGGCGAUCCCAACGACCUGCGCGCACCACCACUUCAUCGGCGCCUACAACUGCACCCUCAACUGCCCCACCUCGACGCGCCACACAUUCUACCUCCGCGGCCACGAAUACGACUGCCAGACAUGCGCCUUCCUCCAGGACGAUCAGAUGGAUCCAGACAUCGUGCCAGUGGCGUACUACGCACCCUUGUUCGACGCCGAUAAACUCGCCGCAGAUGAAGCGGAGCGUGAGAAAGAAGACACUGCCGUGGCGGAAGAACAUGCCAGUGAGAAGGAGGACGAUGCAGGAGCAAAACCCUACAAAGCCCUCAGCGAUCCAGACAGCGAGACGAGUGAGUGGCGCCAGGACGACGACUUGGAAUUCGAGUUUGAAUCGGGGAAAGGCAAGGAGUGGGCGGCGCCGGGGAAUAAAAUGCAUCCUCCUCCGCCGACGCCGUCGACGCCUAGAACCAAGGCGCAUAGGCAUCUUGUGCGGGAGCAGUUGGAGAAGUUGAAGCCGAGGGGGGCGUUGGUGCAGGCGUAUCGGGGAGAGGGGAUGCCGGUUUUGGGGAGGGGAAGGGGUGGAGGUGGAGGUGAACGGGGGAGGAUUAGGGGGGCGCGGAGGAAGUGA